GAUGUCCAACCUCAUCGAAAAAUGUAAACUGUAAACAACAUUGAGCAACUUUUUACAUGAAACGUGUGUUUAGUCUGGUCAUAAAUCUAAUGUAAAACUUUAAACAAACAUCGCAUGAGCAAGUGUUUUAGUAGGUGUUUAAUAGAAUUCUAUCACCAGAGUAAGAUUAUAUACAAAUUUCCUGUAAGAUUCAGUAUCCCGAAAAGAUCGACUGUCACUGAGUGUAAACAACUGUUUAAUGUCAAGAUGGAGCAAACGAUAAAUGUUGUUAAAUCAGAAAACGACAAGAGAAGUUACAGGUGGAUUAAUCUUGAAAAUGGAUUACAAGCUAUAUUGAUAUCAGAUUUAUUGGAGGGGGAGGAGGAGGCAGAAGAGGCUCCUUGGGAUGAUGAGGAUGAAGAAGAGCAUGAUGGAAAUGAUGAAACAGAAAUGGAGGAGGAUGAAGAAGAAGAAGAUAGUGAAAAUGAGGAAGGGGGAGAAAAGAAGUCAGCGGCUGCCUUGUGUAUUUCCAAUGGAAGUUUUUCUGAUCCAUCCAAUAUUCCAGGAUUAGCUCAUUUCUUAGAGCAUAUGGUUUUCAUGGGUAGUGAAAAGUAUCCCCAAGAAAAUAAAUUGGAUGAUUUCCUUAGUAAACAUGGAGGCUUCACCAAUGCAUGGACAGAUUGUGAAAGGACUUCCUUUCACUUUGACGUUGAACAGAAGUACUUCCAUCAGGCUUUAGAUAUUUUUGCCCAGUUCUUUAUCAAUCCAUUGUUGAGACAGGAUUCUGUAGACAGGGAGAUCCAGGCAGUGGACAGUGAAUAUCAGAUGAGCCUCCCUAGUGACGACGAAAGAGCAUGUAUGCUGUAUGGAUCUCUAGCAAAAGAUGGCCACCCUAUGGGGAAAUUCUUCACUGGCAGUAUAGAUUCUUUGAAGACGAUUCCUCAGCAGAAUGGGAUUGAUGUGUAUGACAACUUGAAAGAUUUCUGCCACAAGAUGUACUCUGCUCAGUUCAUGACCCUGGCUGUUCAAUCUAAAGUGAGUCUUGACAAACUGGAGAAGUGGGUCAGGGAGAUUUUUUCUGAAGUUCCAAACAACAAACAACCAAAGCAGACUUUUGAUCAUCUUCAGGACCCAUUUGAGAUUGGAAAAUUCAGGAAAUUGUACUACAUUGAUCCUGUCAAAGACAAGCACAUGCUGGAGGUUAUGUGGUCAUUUCCUCAAAUGCUGUCACAGUACAAGAAGAAGCCAUUGUCAUACCUGGAGUUUUUCCUUGGUCAUGAGGGUGAAGGCAGUUUGCUAGCAUACUUGAAAAGCAGGUAUUAUGCCACAGGAGUUGAGAGUGGUCACAGCUACAAUGGCUUUGAGCUGAACACCACUGCCACCCAGUUUGUGGUUAACUUGACCCUUACAGACCAUGGUCUGGAACAGUUUGAGGAAGUCCUGAUGGCUGUGUUCCAGUAUAUACACAUGUUGAAAGGGAAAGGACCACAAAAACAGUACUUUGAUGAGAUGAAAAUAGUGGAGGAAACCAAAUUUAGAUUUAAAGAAAAGGGAGAUUCAAUGGAUUAUGUUGAGAAAGUCUCAGAAAACAUGCAGAUAUUUUCUCCAGAAGACGUUUUAACUGGCAGAGAUUACCUUUAUGAGUAUGAUCCAGUGCUACUUGCAAAAUGUAUGGCCGAGUUAAGAGCAGACAACUGUUGCAUUUUCUUGUCGUCCAAACAAUUGUCAGACAGAUGUGACCGACAGGACAUCAAAUGGACACCAGUGAAAUAUGGCGUUUCAGAGAUCAAACCAGAGUGGAUUCAGAAAUGGCAAGAUCCACCUGCAAAUACUGAGCUCAGUUUGCCACAACCAAACAAGUCAAUAGCUACAGAUUUCACAAUAGCAGAGGUUGAUGCUGAACAUACAACAAAGCAUCCAACUGCCCUAUCAGAAAAUGACCUGUGUACAUUGUACUAUAAGAAGGACAUGAAAUUCAAGGUGCCAAAAGCUCAUGUUUGUGUACAGUUAAUGUCACCUGUGGCCAACCAGUCUGUGAAGAGUCAGGCUCUGCUGAAGAUAUUUGAAGCUGUGAUGAACCAUAAGCUGGAUGCUCCUACAUAUCCCGCAAUACUGGCAGGAUUUGACUACGCUGUCAAAGUGGAUGAUGUAGGACUCAGAUUCAAAGUUAAUGGAUUCAACCAGAAAUUGCCCGAACUGUUUGAUCUGCUCUUGACUGCUGUGUUUGAAUAUGCCUGUGAUGAUGAAUUGUUUCCCUUUAUGAAAAAUAAAGUAAAGAGGGAGCUAUUCAAUGCCAUCAUCAAACCCGCUGAACUAGUCAGAGUACUGCGAUUUUCUGUGAUAGACCCACAUUAUAGGUCCUUAUCUGAGAUGUACAAUGUAAUCGACACAUUGACCAAUCAGGAUCUUCAAAAGAUUGUUGCAGACUUCAAACAGAAUAUCAAAGCUGACAUUUUAGUGGUGGGAAAUGUCACUCCUAAGGAAGCAACUUGGUAUAAAGAGAAGCUAGAAUCAAAAUUAUGUGGAAAAGUGGAGCCUUCAAAUAUGUACCAGAGAAGGCUGUUCCAGGUUCCGAAACAGUGGCACUACUGUCAGACCAACAGUUUCAACUUGGAGGAUGCUAACUCCACCAUCACGGUGUACCUACAAUCUGACCCCGGGGAUAUCCGGUCCUCAGUCAUUAAUGAACUGCUAGAUACAAGAAUGCAGGAGCCAUGUUUUGACGUGUUGCGGACCCAGCUACAGCUUGGUUAUACUGUGUACUGUCAGAAUCUGAUCACCAGUGGCAUUAUGGGAAUAGCCAUCACUGUCCAAUUCCAGGCACAGAAGUUUAGAAUGCAUGAAGUUGAUAAACAUAUUGAAGACUUUCUGAACAAGUUCAAAGAGAUUCUGGAUGAAAUGUCCGUAGAGGAGUUUGACACUUUGGUGGAAUCUUUGACAGCAGCAAAGCUGACAGAGGACACCCACCUGGAGGAAGAGGUGAACAGAUACUGGGGCGAGUGCAAGGAACAAAACUACGUGUUCGACCGAGUGGAGAAGGAGGUUGCUGUGCUGAAGACAUUAACAUUGGAUGAUUUACGUACUUGGUAUAAACAGUACUUGGGGGAUAAUCAAAGACGGAUAAGCUUUCAGGUUCUUGGAAACCCUGAAGUGGAACAAGGUGAUGUGACGUCGGAAGUGGAACCUCCCUCAAAGAAGGCCAACACAGACAAAAGUGAAAAGGAGCAGUGUUAUGUUAUAAACCCCCUCAAAGACAAUAACUACAGUGAUCAUAAGUGUAUCAGUGAUGUACAGCACUUCCGAUCGAAACUCACAAUGUUUGACUACCAUCGCAUCACAAAGUGAGGAAGGGAAAUGUAGACUUGUAUAAAAUUGGGGUCUUGUGUUAAAAGCUUUAAUGAGGAAAGAGAGAGAGAGAGAGAUUUACUUGGACAUAUAAAAACAAAAUUACAUGCAUUAAAGAAUUCAGAAUGAAAUAUACAAUGUACCUAAAAGGAAGCAUAAAUGACAAGAAAAAAUGUAUUUAAAAAAAUUGUUUAAAAAGAGUGGGAAAUGGGUGUAAAAUGUUUACAUGAAUGAAGUACAAGUCAUGUAUUUUAAUUAUAAACCAUAAUUUAAAAUAAAAUUUUUUUAAAAAGUCA